UGCACAGCGCCCAGGCGUCCUCUAGUUGUUGACGAGUGUUGGACGAGCACAGAGCGAGUGAAAUCGAAGCAGGACAAAAACAACAAUUAAACAAAAUUUAGAGAAAAUGUUUUACGAGCGCCUUGAUAGUCACAUGCUAGAACCUCGAAUGGGAUUUCUAAUUGACUCAGGAUACGAAGACAUGUGCAAUGCAAGCAACGAGUUGAAAGAUGAUUCAUGGCAGAAAGUACAGAACGUCCUGCCAACACCACCAUGUUCGCCAGAGGAGUUAUGCUACCAAGGCUUUCCAGAGUUUAUGCAACCAACCGCACCACAGAACGGCUUUCAGCAAGGUCUUCAAGUGGUACCCGAAGAGAUUCCCGAUGACCUAGUGGACACAGAGGUGGACUCCUUGCCAGUGCUGGAUAUUAGCGACGAAGAAAUGCAAAAAUUGACUUCGCCUACGAUAUUUGAUGAGACCAUGUGGCAGAUGCACUCUGCUCAACCCACACAACAACAACAACAACAACCAACACAGCCACCAACGUGUGAACCCUACGACAGCCGACCUACCACCGUUUCUGAUGUCAACUACAUUUCACAUGGUAUACGUACAGUUCAUAUUUCGGAUCAGGUCGUACGAUCGCCCGCUUAUAGCCAGUCAUUCGUACUCACCGUCAAUGCUAACCCUAUCCAACCACUCAACACGAUGGGACACCUGAUCACACGAGAAAUCCUAGCAACUUCUGGCAAUUCCGCCAUCAUUUCGGAUCCGAAUUAUAUGAACGAAAGGGUUAACCUAGUUGGCCCGUUUGACCUAACGAAUCUUCAAGCUUUACCAGAGAGUCCAACGAAGCGAGGCCGAAAGAUCAGACGUUCAAUAAGUCGAGGGACACAUGAAACGGUGCUCACCGAAGAGCUCGCGGAUGACUCCGAGGAUAGCGAGACAACUCGAGCAACACACAAUGUUUUAGAGCGAAGACGGCGCGAAGAGUUGAAGGAGAAAUUUCAACGGCUGCGUGACUGCCUGCCGGAACUGCAAGACAACGACCGAGCGCCUAAAGUUCUCAUUUUGAAGAAAGCCUGUGAGUAUGUAAAAUAUCUAAAGCAAGAAGAACAGAGAUUGCUUGCUGAUAAGGAACUUGAGAAGCAGAGACUGCUUAUUCUGCUUAAGAAACGACAAAUGCUUGCUCAAGCGCUAUUCUCAAUGCAAUGUUAAUCCGUGUGUUUUUCAUAAUAGCAAGAUAGAUAUAAUUAUAACAUAUUUUUUAGAAUUAUAACAGAUUUUUGUACGGAAUAUCAAUAUUUUAUACAUUCAUCGCCAACACUAGGCAUAUGGAGCCUGCCGUGCAAGGGAUUUCGAAAAGCGGUGUCGUCAGUUCUAAAAUUAGCAUUGGCCGUUAACGCCACGUGGCCGUUGAUUUUGAGAACAAAGAACUUAAAAAUCUAUUCAAAAGCGUGGCGUGUUUUCGUGAGAGUAUCUUUAAUCAACAAAUAACUAAUUUUAGCGAUCAUCCGAUGCAGAUCUAAUUUAGCGAAAUCGUUUAUUUUACAUUCGUGCCGCCAAAACCUUCACUUUAGCUUUUAAAAAUGUGGCAAAAUUGAAGUAUCAAACUUGAUUAAUUAGCAUGUAUCCUACGCUGUAUAAAACGGUCAUCUCAACAUUUGAACCAACUUGACUAGCUUGCACGUAGGUAUAUCCAGCGAAUAAUGGCUAUAGUAACUGAAGCUGGGAUGUCUCAAUAUAACUUACACACGAUUUAGCAAAACGAAAAUUAGGUUAAGAAGAAUAAAGGCAAGAAAGCUGAGGUGACCGUCUUUUUGUCUCGGACGUUUUCAGGAUUACUAAAUUCAGAAUCAUUUGUUUGAGACAAAGAGCUGUCAUCUUGCCUUUGUUGAAAAUUGCUGUUGAAGUACUAUAAGAGACAUUGUGACGUGCGCGUUUGGACAGGUAAUCCGUGAUCAGAUAGGGACGUUGAUAGCUAAAAUUUGAAUUCAAUUGCAAGUCUACCAGUUGCGAUAUAUUAAAAAUGUUGUGAACAUUGAACCAUAUUGCGUACGAAUAUCAAUGAAACUCAAAUACUCGAGGAAUCGGAUUUAAUCUUGCAUGCAUGCAUUAAUUUUUUUCUUCCCUCAUUAAGUAAAGUCUCUUAACAAACCACGCUUUCCUCUUGUAAUGUCCUUCAAAACCUCUUUAUCCACAUAGUACUUAACCCCAUCAAACCGACUUCAUUUAACUUCCUCAGCAGAACAGCAUCCUGCAACAUCAGGUCGUCCAUAUUUGGUAAAAUGUUUCAUAGUUAUACACAACAAGCCAGCUUUGACUGCAGAUGGCUAUAUAUAAUUCGUCUUCACUAUGAAAAGUUCUGAAAUUAUGCCCUUAAAACAUAUAAGUA